CAAAAAAAGUCCAUUACCAUUUUCAAUAUGCGGAGUGCGCCAGAGGAGUGAAGAAGAGUGAAGAGAGGAAAGAGAAAGAAGAGGGAAAGUUGGAGAAUCACCAAAAAUGUUGAAGCUGUCUCGCCUUCUACCUUCCAUUUCCGGUUCCAGCCCCCGCUUACUGGAACCCCUCUCCUUUACAAAACCUGAUCCUAGGGAUUCAGCUGCGUUUUCUACAGCUACCAAUAAUAAAUAUGCUGCUAAAGGAUAUACGUCAAAUCGCAUAUUUGCUCCUUAUUCCGUUUACAAGGGCAAAGCUGCUUUCUCUUUGAGUCCUUGUCUUCCAACUUUCACCAAGUUGGAUAGUGGGGCCGUUGUAGUUGAUCGCCGUGGUUCAAUGAUGAUGAUUUUCAUGCACUCCAUUGGGGAGCGCAAGUAUGACUGGGAGAACAAGCAGAGAUUUGCUCUCUCGGCGACUGAAGUUGGCUCUUUGAUAAGCAUGGGCCCUCAGGAUUCUUGUGAAUUCUUUCAUGAUCCCUCCAUGUUAUCGAGUAAUGCUGGUCAAGUGAGAAAAAGCUUAUCAAUUAAGCCUCAUGCAAGCAGCAAUGGCUACUUCGUGUCUUUGACUGUUGUCAAUAACCUGCUAAAUACCAAGGAUUACUUGAGUGUCCCUGUCACGACUGCUGAGUUUGCUGUGAUGAAGACAGCUUGCAGUUUUGCAUUGCCACACAUCAUGGGUUGGGACCGCAUGACUCAUCAGUCAGGGGGCACGGUUGGUCUUCAAUCGAAAGUGGAACCACCUGCUUUAGACUUGGAAUGGGAUAAGUAAAUUGCUGCAUAUGAGAUACUUGUGUGAACUGAAAUAUGUAAUGGAUCCUUGUUGUUUAUGCAGUAAUGCCAUUUUGUAAAUUGUAAUAUCGAAGACUAGAUUUAUUUUGGAACAUAACUUGUGAUAAUCUUUGAAUGAGACAUGAAAAAGGGAUGACCCAUCAAAUGUCCCUAUUUCUGAAUCA